AUGAGAAUCUUGCCGCGGGAGCAGGAAAAGGUGCUUCUGCACCAAGUCGGCUUCCUCGCCCAAAAGCGCCUGGCGCGCGGAGUGCGUUUGAACCAGGCUGAAGCAACAGCCCUUAUCGCGUCGGUCCUACAAGAACGGAUUCGAGAUGGCAAGCACAGUGUCGCCGAUCUCAUGCAGCACGGGCGUACAUUACUCGGCCGAAGGCACGUCCUGCCUGGAGUCCCCAGUCUUUUACACGAGAUCCAAGUCGAGGGUACAUUUGAAGACGGAGUGUUCCUCGUUACUGUGCAUGACCCGAUUGCGAGCGACGACGGAGACCUAUCUGCGGCGCUCUACGGUUCUUUCCUUCCUGUGCCUACGCAAGACGUCUUCCCCGCCAUUCAAGAGGAAGACUUUGCGAGAGCAAAGUUGCCUGGGGCGAUCAUCGUCGCGGAUGGCCGCAUCGCGAUAAACUCUGGGCGCCCGCGCGUGCGCGUCAAGGUCACCAACCGCGGAGACCGGCCGAUCCAGGUCGGAUCUCAUUAUCACUUCAUCGAAACCAACGGGUCGUUGGCCUUCGACCGUAGUAUCGCGUACGGCAAGCGCCUCGACAUCGCAGCCGGUACGGCUGUGCGUUUCGAGCCUGGAGACUCCAAGACCGUCGCGCUCGUGCCCAUCGGAGGUGCGAAGGUCAUCUCGGGUGGCAAUGGCCUUGCUACCGGCCCUGUGUCUUCUGACGCAGACUACAUCGCUCAAAUCGUGGCGAACGCGGUACAAAAGGGCUUCGCACAUGUGCCGGAGCCGGGUGCACAAGAGGUACAGAUGGAUAACUUCAUCGGGAGAGAAGCGUGGGCGAGCAUGUUUGGGCCGACCACAGGAGACCGAGUAAGGCUAGGCGAUACCGGUCUCUGGGUGCUCGUGGAGAAAGACGCGACUGUUUACGGCGACGAAGUCAAAUUCGGUGGAGGAAAGUCGAUCCGUGAAGGAAUGGGACAAGCUACCGAUCGCUCUUCGAACGAGUGUAUCGAGACCGUCAUCACGAACGCACUCAUCGUUGACUGGUCCGGCAUCUAUAAGGCUGAUGUCGGCAUCAAAGGCGGGCGUAUUGUUGGCAUAGGCAAGGCGGGAAAUCCGGACGUCAUGGAUGGAGUCCAUCCUUCGCUGGUGAUCGGGUCCAGCACGGAAGUCAUCGCCGGCGAGAAGCUCAUCCUCACGGCCGGCGCGGUUGACGCCCAUGUGCACUACAUCUCGCCGACGCAAGUGCCAGAGGCUCUUGCCGCUGGUACGACGACGAUGAUUGGUGGCGGCACCGGUCCGUCUGCGGGAACGAACGCAACGACGUGCACGCCAUCUCCCGAGGCUCUACGCCACAUGUUCCUCGCGACUGAUACGCUACCGAUGAACUUCUGUUUCACUGGCAAGGGUAAUGACUCUGGAAGGAAGGCCAUCGAGGACAUUGUGAAGGCAGGCGCUGGUGGAUUGAAGCUACAUGAAGACUGGGGGACGACUCCUGCUGCUAUCCGGAACUGCUUGGACGUGGGAGAUGACUAUGAUGUCCAGGUCAACAUUCACACAGACACUUUGAACGAGUCGGGCUUUGUUGAGUCGACUAUUGCGGCUUUCGGCGGACGCACGAUCCACACAUAUCAUUCUGAGGGUGCGGGAGGAGGUCAUGCGCCCGACAUCAUCACCGUUUGCGGGCAGGAUAACGUCUUACCGUCCUCGACCAACCCGACACGGCCAUUCGCCAAGAACACGCUUGACGAGCAUCUUGACAUGCUUAUGGUCUGUCAUCACCUCGACCGCUCUAUCCCGGAGGACCUGGCUUUUGCCGAGUCGCGUAUCCGUGCAGAGACAGUGGCUGCCGAGGAUGUGCUUCAGGACUCGGGCGCCAUCAGCAUGAUCUCGUCCGAUUCUCAAGCGAUGGGCCGUGUUGGUGAGGUGAUCUCCCGUACAUGGCGUACAGCGGCCAAGAUGCGCGACGCGCGAGGGCCACUUCAAGAGUUAGGCGAUCAAUCUGGCAUUGAUAACGGCCGCGUGAAGCGUUAUGUCGCGAAGUACACCAUCAACCCCGCGAUAGUGCAUGGAAUCGCGUCGCACGUCGGGAGCGUCACGGUUGGAACGCUUGCGGACCUUGUCCUUUGGAAGCCUGAGAACUUUGGGCAGAGACCCGAGAUGGUGCUCAAGUCGGGCGUAAUCGCAUGGGCACAGAUGGGUGAUGCCAACGCCAGCAUCCCAUCCGUACAACCAUUCCUCGGUCGCCCUAUGUGGGGCUCUCACCCGGCGAGUGCCGCACGCAACUCGGUCGCUUUCGUCUCGCAGGCUAGCCUUGACGGUGGCGCGUACGCCUCAUACGGGCUGAAGAAGACAGGCAUUGCCGUCAGAGGAUGCAGGAAGCUCAAGAAGAGUGACAUGAAAUGGAACGACAAGACGCCCCAGAUCUCCGUAGACCCAGAGAGUUACGAAGUGAAGGCGGACGGAGUACUUGCGGACAUCGCGCCGGCAGACAAGCUGCCGCUGGGAAGGGCGUAUAACUUAUUCUGA